AUGGACGAGAUACUAGCAAAAGCCAGUAGCCAGGCGGUUACGUUUGCAAUAAGAUCGGGUAUCUCUCUUGCUUCAGGGUUUGCCAUUAAGACCGUUACGAAGUUUCUUGACAAGAUUCCGGAGAAUGAAAAACGAAAGAUAAUAAACGGUAGGAAUAAGAUCCAGACUAAGGUUAGCAUCUUGUCGGUAUCCAUUGACUUGGUGAAGUUGGUUGCCGCUAGGGGGAAUACCUCGUUAGGGUCAACUAUUGAGUUGAUUGAUUCAUUGAAUGAGGAGAUUGAUUCAUUUGAUAAAGUGAUGAACGAUAUAGUGCAGAACAUAAGUAAUAUAAAUGAGAAAGAGUCGAUUCAAAAGGUUGAACGGAUGAUGAAGGAUUUGCUAGAAAAUAUUAAUGAAGCAAUACCCUUAAUUAACUUAUCGCUUAUUACUUGUGGGGUGAGUCUCGAAGGUAAUUUACCGGAUAAUGUAUCACCAGGAAGGUUAUUACAGGCCAGUAACUACUUGAUAAAAUCCAAUGAAGCUUUCGAUAAGGCCAAAAUUGAGACCAAGGUUGGGCCUAUGUUCGACCUUGUAUUUUAUUCAAUUUUCUACAAUCCUAGUAGAUUGAAGUAUAUUACCGAAGAAAACCCAUCAAAUUCUCAACAGGAGAACGAUUUGCUUAGUAUUUCAUGGAAAGAAGACUUUGCUAGAUGUCUGGGACAAAUUGUAAGGACUAUUGAUGCUGAUCGAAGCUAUGCAUAUAAAUUUCAAGUGACUGAAGAUUUCAAUGAUGGAAGAUACCACGAAGAUGACGUCAUGCCGAUGGUAAAAUCGUAUAACAUUAGUCUGGUUAAAAGGUUAUUUUUCAGUGCCAGUGGUAAGUUAUUACGUUUGGAAAGCCGUACUUCCCCAGUGUUAAUUUUCAAAAUUGUUGAUGAGGCUACAGAAAAGGAAGAAUGGGUUGCAUUUGGAGAAGUUGGGAGUAACGAAUUUGAUGACGACGAUGAAGAAGAUGAGGAUGAAGACGAUGAAAAACAGCAGACAAAUGAGGAAAACACGGUUAAAAAUACGUCAUUGUCAUUAUUAGAGUAUUUGGUAAGAUUAAGUACAUUGCAGGAGCACGAUUCGAAAUCAAUAUUAGACAUAAACGAUGAGAGAAUAUCACUUUAUCUAAAAGAUGAAAGCACAAGUGCUAGCAUGGCCAACCAAGGAAUCAUACCAAAAUCUAAAAAGGUCCUCGAAGCUGAAAAGAAGAAUAAUGACAAGACUGAGAAUAUGCUUUCCAUGAGCUCCAAUGUAAAUAGACUCGAGAAUUUAAAUUUACAUAAUUAG